AUGGGCAAAGGAACGGAUAAAAUGUACAUUACGCAUUCCGAAUGGUCUGGAGAAUUUGGAGGGAUGCAGUUUGGAGGAAUCCAGACUAGAAAGAAAACCGAGGUUUUUAAAAGACUUCCAUUCUAUUGUUGCUCACUUUCAUUGCAGCCUUUCGAGCAUCCCGUAUGCACUACUGAUGGUAUCAUCUUUGAUCUAAGGCAUAUACGUCUUUAUUUAAAAAAAUUUGGAACGAAUCCUGUAACUGGUGAAAAGUUAGAUGUGAAUUCACUAAUUAGUCUCAAUUUUUUUAAAAAUCCUGAAGGUGAAUAUCAUUGUCCGGUAACCUUUAAAGUAUUCAGUGAUCAUACACAUAUUGUUGCUAUAAAGACUACGGGUAAUGUUUUUUCAUAUGAGGCGGUUGAUCGACUGAAUAUUAAAACUAGACAUUGGAAGGAUUUACUAUCUGACGAACCAUUUACACGAAAAGAUAUAAUAACUAUACAGGAUCCUCAUAACCUUGAAGUUCGUAAUUUAUCAAAUUUCUAUUAUCUUAAACACAAUUUGAAGCUAAAAGAUGACGAAUCAAGCGAUCCUUUAAGUAAUAUAAAUUUAAGUGCUACGGGUUCAGCAGAACGUGUUCUCACGAAGAUUUCUGCCAAGCAAGAUGAAUCGGCACAGAAAUCUCAUGAUGCAACCGCUGAUGAUAAACCUCUGAAGAAAGCUUCGUCUUCAACACCUACCGUAAAAAAAUCAAAAAAUAUUCCAUAUAAUGCAGCAUCAUAUUCACGUGGAUUAGCAGCUGCAUCGUUUACUUCUACUGCGAUGACACCGGUGACUGAAAAUGAAAAUGCACUUGUUGACGAAGAAGAAUUCAUGUUUAAAGAAAUUAAAGAAAAAGGCUACGCACGAAUCGUAACUAAUCUUGGAAACUUGAAUAUCGAAUUAUUUUGUGAUAAGGCACCAAGAACUUGUUAUAAUUUUAUAAUGUUAUCAAAACAAGGAUAUUAUAAUAGGACAAUCUUUCAUCGUAAGAUCAAAAACUUUAUGAUUCAAGGUGGUGAUCCUACAGGUACAGGGAAAGGAGGUGAAUCAUAUUGGAAAAAGGAUUUCGAAGAUGAACUCAAACGUAAUCUUUCACAUAAUGAACGUGGGCUCAUGAGUAUGGCAAACAAGGGAAAAAAUACAAAUUCAUCACAAUUUUUUUUUACUUUUCGCCCGUGUACUCACCUAGACAACAAACAUACAAUUUUUGGUAAAAUUGUUGGAGGAAAAGAGAUUCUAGAUAAGAUGGAACUAGUACCCACUGAUGAAUCCGAUCGACCUUUACAGGAAAUUAAAAUUAUUGAAGUAAUAACUUUUAUAAAUCCGUAUGAGGACUACAAGAAGAAGUUAGAAAAGAAAUUAAGUCGACAAAAUGAAAUUGUGGAAAGAAAGCCGCGAGACAAGACCGAAAAGGAUACAACUACAUGGUUUGGUACGAAAUUGACUUCAACCGGUACAAAAGAAAGGAAUAGCAAUAUAUCUGGUGAUGUAGGAAAAUAUUUAAAAUCAACAUCGUCAUCUGCGAUACCUAAAAAGCGAGAAUUGGAUAAUGAAGAUUUUGAUUCAGAGCCAGUUCCUGAAAUCAAAAAGAAAUCAAAGGCUACAGGUUAUAAUUUUGGUAACUUUAGUAAUUGGUAA